AUCUUUCUUCGUUCGCGUCGUGUCCUGUUGUCGGCCAGCCUUCUGUUCUCUCUCUCUCUCUCGGAAUCAGAGUCAGGAUGAGCACGAGAUUGGGGGGAGCGCCUUCCUGCUGCUUCGGCUUCGCCCACCACCCGCAGCCUGCCGCCGCCGCCGUCAGGCUGCGAGUGCCGCCUGCUCGCGCCGCAGACACCUCCUCCUCCCAGUCAACGGCGCGGCUCAGGGCGGUGCUGGAGAAGGUGGACGAGGCGCUAACCAAGGGGAAUGACGAGACCGCGCUCUCCCUCGUGCGGGGCUCGCAGGGGGAGGACGGCGGCCUCCGGGGCUUUGGCGCCGCCAGGCAGGUACCUCAAAGACUCUAUAAAUUGGAUGAGCUUAUGCUAAAUGGGAUAGAUACUUCUGCUUUUCUGUCCCCCGUGGAUUUGACAUUGGGAUCAAUUGAGAGAAAUCUCCAAAUUGCUGCAGUACUUGGAGGGCUUUCUCUAUCAGCUGCAUUGGAGCUUUCUCAACUCCAAAUCUUGUUUCUUGUACUAGGUCUACUAUCUCUGUGGUCUGUGGAUUUUGUAUAUUUCGGUGGAGGGGUGAGAAACUUGGUUCUUGACACAAUUGGUCACUAUCUCAGCCAGAAGUAUCACAACAGAGUUAUUCAGCACGAAGCUGGUCAUUUCUUGAUAGCAUACUUGCUUGGGGUGCUUUCAAAAGGAUACACGAUUACAAGCUUGGGCACACUUAACAAACAAGGAUCGCUUAACGUUCAAGCCGGAACAGCUUUUGUGGACUACGAGUUCCUUCAAGAGAUCAAUACAGGCAAGCUAUCUGCCACGAUGUUGAACAAGUUUUCGUGCAUAGCACUAGCUGGAGUAGCAACAGAGUACCUUUUGUAUGGAAUUGCAGAAGGAGGAUUAGAUGACAUCAGCAAGCUUGAUGAAUUGCUCAAGAGUCUGGGUUUCACCCAGAAGAAAGCUGAUUCACAAGUUAGAUGGGCUGUGCUGAAUACUGUUCUCAUGCUGCGACGCCAUGAAAAAGCUAGAUCGCAGCUUGCAGAGGCAAUGUCUUCUGGGAAGUCAGUAGGCUCUUGCAUUGAAGUUAUAGAAGGGAAUAUAAACACACAGGAUAUUUAGUAGCUGAUGUGAUUAACAGGGUACAUGCUGGCGCUGGACAGCUUGAAGAUACAUAAAACUUUCAAAUUUGCCCUUGCAAAUUUCUGUCUAGUAUAUGUCAUCCAUUGGCUCACUGACAUCGGGGAUUGGGCCAACCUUGUCAGAUGAAAAAUCAGGGAUUUUGUAGAAUUGCACUGACAAAUAAAGAAAAUACUUGGUCUCCA